ACAGAAAAGAUGGAGGCUGAAAACCGCUCCCCGUGCCAAGACGAGAACGCGGCUCUUGUAAAGGACGCGGACGAGUGUGACGUGGUCACCAAACCAAAUGAAGCCAAGUUAACACUUUAUCACUGGACGCAAUCGUUCAAUUCACAGAAGGUGCGUUUGGCUAUCGCAGAGAAAGGCUUACGUUGUGAAGAGUAUGAUGUGAGCUUACCACUCAGUGAGCACAAUGAGCCGUGGUUCAUGCGUCUCAACCCUACUGGGGAAGUGCCCGUCCUGGUGCACGGUGACAGCGUCAUCUGUGAUCCCACGCAAAUCAUGGACUACCUCGAAAUCAACUUCACAGAUGAGGGCACUCUUAGGCUGAUACCAGAAGAGGGGAGCACAUACUAUCACAGAGUGCAGCAUUACAGAGAGCUGCUGGACUCGCUACAGAUGGACGCCUACACCCAUGGCUGCAUCCUACAUCCUGAGAUCACCGUAGACUCGCACAUACCGGCUUAUGCUGCCACAAGCAUUCGAACUCAGAUCCUAAACACAGAAUCAGAGCUGAAGAAACUGGCAGAGGAGAAUCCGGAACUCAAAGAUGCUUAUAUAGCAAAACAAAGGCGCUUAAAGUCCAAGUUGUUUGACCACGACAACAUGAAGUACUUGAAGAAGCUUUUGGAUGAACUGGAGAAUGUGAUGGAUCAGGUGGAGACCGAGUUGCAGAGGAGAGUGGAGGAAACUCCAGAGGAAAGCAGUCAACAAUCGUGGCUGUGCGGGCAGUUUUUCAGCAUGGCCGACGUAUCCUUGGCCGUCACCUUACACCGCCUCAAGUUCCUCGGCCUGUCACGCCGCUACUGGGGUAAUGGCAGCCGUGCUAACCUGGAGACAUACUACGAGCGCGUGCUAGAGCGGCCGACGUUCAGGAGAGUCCUGGGACACGUCAACAACAUUCUGAUCUCGGCCGUGCUUCCGGUUGCCUUCCGCGUUGCCAGGAAGAAUGCGCCGGUUAUUGCCGGAACAACGUUUUUGAUCGGCAUUUUGGGCGGAGCUACAUACCUGGCUUUUCUUUACAUGAGGAGAAGGUUGACCUUGCCCAGUUGGGGAAGCUGGAGCGGAAUUUAAUUAAGAGGUGCCACAAAUGCUACAUGUUUGUAAUCCAAUUCAAAUUAUUGAAACAUAAAAAGAUGACAUUAUUAACAGUUGCACUCAACAUUCUUUGGGAUUACCGUAUUUUCCACAUUAUAAGACUAUCGCAGUAUAAGGCUCACCUUCAAUGAAUGGCCAAUUUUAAAACUAUUUUCAUAUAUAGGGCGCACCGCGUUAUAAGCCGCAGUGGUAGUAGUAGUUGGGGUUUCGUUAUACAUCAAUGGUGCUGCGUUAAAUGGAAUGCCAUGCCAUGUUUAACCAAUAUUCUGAACCUUUUGGAAUUUCUCACAUUUCUGCAUAACAUCACCAUCAAAUAUGAGCUGAUCUUUGUCAAAAUCACACAGAUUAAAAAAAAAAACUGUCUGCUUUAGCUAAAACCACUCAAACAUUUAUAGGUUUUCAUAUUUUAAUGUGGACAGUAUGCAAACAAGGACAGAAGGGGGAAAAAUAAGUAGGUGAACCAUCACAUUUAAAUUUUUGUGGACCCCACUUUGGCAGUAAUAACUUCAACCAGAUGCUUCCUGUAGCUGCAGAUCAGUCUGGGACAUCGAUCAGAACUAAUCUUUGGCCAUUCUUCUCUACAAAACUGCUGUAGUUCAGUCAGAUUCCUGGGAUGUCUGGCAUGAGUCGUUGUCUUUAGGUCGUUCCACAGCAUCUCAAUGGGGUUCAGGUCUGGACAUUGACUUGGCCACUCCGCAAUGUGUGUUUUAUUCUUCUGAAACCAUUCUGAAGUUGAUUUACCUCUGUGUUUUGGAUCACUGUCUUGUUGCAGCAUCCAUCCUCUUUUUUAGCUUCAACUGUAUGACAUACAGCCUCAGGUUUUCCAGCAAAACAUUCUGAUAAACUUUUGAAUUCAUUCUUCAAUUAAUGAUUGCAAGUUGUCCAGGCCCUGAGGUGCCAAAACAGCCCCAAAUCAUGAUACUCCCUGCACCAUGCUUCACGGUGGGAAUGAGGUGUCGAUGUUAGUGAGCUGUUCCAUUUUUCCUACACACAUGACGCUGUGUGUUACUUCCAAACAACUCAACUUUGGUUUCAGCAGUCCACAAAAUAUUUUGCCAAAACUUAUGUGCAGUCUCCCAGUGCCAAAAAUGUGUUUAAAUUGCUCUUUAAGUCUUCUUAGGCACAGGGUUCGCUUAGUUAUUUUUCCCCCUUCUGUCAUUGUUUGCAUGCUAUCCUCAUUAAAAUACGAAAACCUAUAAAUGUUUGGGUGGUUUUGGUAAAAGCAGACACUGUAUUUUCAUCUGUGUGAUUUUGACAAAGAUCAGAUCACAUUUGCGUUAAAUGUUAUGCCAUGAUUAGCCAAUAUUGAUCCAUAAAUAAGGCGCAUCAGAUUGUAAGGGUGACUCUAUGCGUUUGAGAAAAUUGAAGGCUUUUAGAUGCGCCAUAGGAAAGUUCGGUAAUUCGCAGAAUGAAAAAUAGGGUAGCAAUAAAGAGGAUUUUUUUCCCCUAAAAAGUCUCCAGUCUAGUUUGAAGUGGAUUUAAGAUGAAGAGGCAAAAAUUUUGCAAAUAAUACUAUGGGAAAAUAUUGCAUGCGCCCAGGGUUGCGAGAUGGGAAAGGCAGUCAUCUCUCCAGCCCAAUCACACAGUAAAACCUGCACAGUUCAAUAAAAACCAGCCCAACUUACAAACUCCUGUUUAAGAUGUUUCGCUUGACAAUUAGAUGUGAUGUUUAUUUUCAUAUUAUAUGCAGAAAGAAAUAAGUCAACGGUGGUGGACAUGUCAUUGUGUAAUGUUUUGACGAUACGCAAAGGAGAUGUAAUUUUUCUCAAAAGAAAAAGUAAAAAAAAAAAAAAAAAAAGUCAAAAGCUUUAUUGUCCUCUUCUUCAUAUGCACAGGUCAUACAAAGAAAAUGAAAAUGCGUUUCUCUCUCCAUCCCAAAGAAAGACACACAUAACACAGGACUAACAUAAGUCAGACUUACAUACAUUGGAAAACAAACAUGACUGUUAAAAAUGGGGGAAAAAGUGCUCUAUGCGUGUAUGUGUGUGUAUGUGUGGAAAUGAUGGGAGGCAAGGGAAGGAGUUCAUCAUCACCUGGUGGAUGAAGCUGUACCUCAGUCUAGUGGUUCUGGACCGGAGGCUCCUGUAUCUCCUUUCAGAACGCAGCAACCUGAAAAAGUUGUGCGCUGGGUGUGUCAUCUCUCACAAUUGUGACAGCCUUGUGAGUGAGGCGGGUGGUGUAGAUGUCCGGCAGAGAAGGAAGGGGAGCAUUGAUGAUCUUCCUUGCUGUGUUCUCUAUAGCCUACGCUACAGGGCUCUCCUGUUGUAAUCUGUUCAAAUCCCGCCCCAAACAAUAAUGCAGCUAGUAAGGAUGCUAUUGAAAGCGUUUGUAAAGCGUGGCAUGAUGGGUGGCGUUAGGAAGUAGAAGCUGUGCUUUCUUGGCUAGUGAUGUGGUGUUGGUGGUCCAAAAGAGAUCCUCAUCGAUGUGCACACCAAGUAAUUUUGUGCUUGUUACUCUCUCUACAGCAGCCCCAUCAAUGAUCAGUGGCAGGUGUUGGCUGUAGCCUGGAAGUUGACAACAAUCUCCUUUUUUUUUGCUGAUGUUCAUCAGGAGGUUGUUGUCUCUGCGCCACGUAGCCAAAAGGUUCACCUCAGUCCAGUAGUGCGUCUCGUCGCCGUUGGUAAUGAAGCC